UAGGUUAUGUCAUAUUUAAAAGACAUGUCAACGCCACCCAAUAGGUGUAAGCAAAGCAGGUUCUACAUGAACAUAGCUGACGAAGAGUUAAAAAAAUAAAUAACAUUGAAGUCACAAGCACCUCCUCCACUCACUCAUCUGCGUCUCGACAUCAACUUGAAGGAAGUGCGAAAAGUUUUCUCUUUAGAUAAACUGCCAAAAAUAGUCAUUCUGAUUUUAAUCUGAUGGACUAAUGCUGGAACUUCCUGAUCGGGAAUACUUGUUUUAUCUGUCAGCUUGAUCAAAAUAUCGGUUUAUGAAUUCCUGCCGAGACAAACAAACAAAAUUGUGAUUGUUUUAAGGUAUCCUCCAAUUUCUGAGAAAAUUACCAAACAAACAACAGAAUGAUUCUUCUGGUCUUUAUUGCACUUCUCUCCGGAACUGCUUUGGCUGACGUCUGGCAUGACGCUCAGUCCUACUCGUUCUCGCAACAAAUUGGCACAGGACAAGGCCUCUCGUAUGCCAUCACCGGAACCGGACGGAUUACAGGUGUCCGAGUAUGGGAGGCCAACAAUAAUUUCAUUUACGGCUUCCAACUUCGCUACGGCUACACCUGGACCGAUGUGACGGGCCUCGAGUUUGGACAUAAACAGGAGAUAAUAUUGUUUGACGACGAGGCCAUUGUGGCCAUCUGGGGAAAAUAUGCAUUCUACAUUCAGUCGGUGGUGUUCACCACCAACCUGGGUCGUUCGCUCUUUGCGGGCAGGCCGGUAGGGCACUCGUUCAACAUGUACCCGGCAGACGAGAACGCCGAAUUACGCUUCAUCAGCGGUCGGUUCCAAGGGGCCAUCACCUCCUUGGGGGCACACUGGGCCAUUGUUACCGAUCCGUAUAGAAGGAAUGGAAAAUACUUGCAAUGAAUCUAUCAUCUGUGAAGACAAUAAAGCAUUCUCGCCAUCGUUAUUUUACAUCUUAAAUCUCUGUCCAAAGUGAAAUAGGGAACGUUGUUGCAUUUAAUUGUGUGCGUCGUUUGGUUGAGUGCUUUCUUGAAUGCCAGUAAGUUGCCAUUUAUCAUUGUGUGCUUUUUAAAUGAAUAAACGAUACGUGCAUGAUUUGAAAAAGAAAUAAAAAUGGCUGACAAAAUACAA